AUCUCCCUGACUGAGGAAAUCAACACAGGAUUUUGUUAUAAAACAUCAGGAUAAAGAAAUAGAUGUCUGCUGUCAAUGAUGUAUAGAGGAGUGUUACAGAAAUCUGUCACAGUGUCCGGUGUUAGUGAGUGUGAUCACAUUUCACACGUGUCUACAGACCGGGUCUGGAUCAGUGAUAAUAAAGGCAAUCUUAUACUGACAAACACAAGAGGAGAAGAACUAAAUCGCGUGACAUAUAUAGCUAGUGUAUUGGGAGGACACACAGUGGACUCUAACGGUGAUUUAAUUUAUAUAGACAGUAGAUUUAACAUCAUUAAACUGUCUACAGAUAACAAAGAUAAGACUACGAUAAUAAAGUACAGCAACACAGCACCAUGGAGACCACAGUGUGUCUACAGCUCCCCCUCCACUGGAGACCUGCUGGUCGCGAUGUAUAAUACUGAUACAUGGCCACGGACAGGCAAGGUAGUGCGGUAUAACUCCACAGGAGAAAACAUCCAGACCAUACAGCACAACAACAUCACAGGUCAGGGACUGUAUAGAUAUCCUAGAUAUAUCACAGAGAACCGCAAUGGAGAUGUUAUUGUGUCUGACUCUCUCCGUCGUGCUGUAGUGGUGACAGAUUGCGAUGGUAAAUACUGGUUCUCCUACACAGGUCCUCCAUCAGGAUCAGGACAAUUACCACUAGGAAUCUGUACUGACGCGUUGUCACACAUCCUGGUGUGUGAUGUUAUCACCCAGUCAGUACAUAUGUUAGAUAGUGACGGUCACUAUCUGACAGAGAUACUGACAGUACAACACGGGAUAGACUUACCACGGGGCCUGAGUUAUGAUGAUGACACUCACCUACUGUGGGUAGGGUCACGGUACAACAACACAGUCAACAUAUACAGAGUGGUAGAUACAGACUCUCUGACUGGACUUCCUCUAGAGGACAUCAAUUGUAAAACACAUCCCAGAAUUCCCCUGGACCAGUUCUGUACCCUAUGUGGUGUUCCCUUGUGUGUGGAGUGUGCCAGCUCUAAGGAUCACAGCAGACAUCAGCUUAGAAAUAUAAAGACAUUGUUUAACAACAUUCACGAGAUAGAAGAUGGAGAUACACUUUUGAUGUGCCUUCUUCUUUCCAAUUCUUACAAAAUAAACAUGAAAGAUGGAAACUGGAUGACCAAAUGUAAUGCUGUUGCCAAAAGCUUUCAUUCAAAGGAAAUCACAAAGCCAUUUGCUCCUACAGAUCUAGAAGAAUACAAACCAUUUCUGAAACACAAUGAAUCAGAGAUCGGCUUUUCAAUUGAGGUCUUCAGACAUUUAAGUUUCCUGAACUUUUCAAAUCGUUUUGGGCUGAACUUUACUGAUAUUUUCUUUACUUGGGCAGAAAAAGAAAACAUAGCUAAAUACUGUAGAUCGUGGAAUUAUCGAAGAGGAGAGGAUGAAGUUUGCUGUUGGUUACUGCCAGAAAAAAAUGAGGAGUUUUUAGAAAGACUUGGAGAAGAUAUUUUCACGCACCCAACAAUGGAGGACCGGUCAUUCCAUGAAGCAGUAUUUAAGAAAUUUGGAAUACCGAUGCAGAUUAUCUUAAGGGGAGACAAAUCAGUGACAAACUUCAUUGAGAAUUUAAAGAAAGGGAAGACAACCAUGUACCAUGCCUCUGGGAUGAUAGUAGGGUGUGCUGGUAGUGGUAAAACAACAUUGUUAGAGAGACUGAAGGGCAUUGACUUGGAGAAAAUAAAGAAAAAUAUCAGUUCAACCCGGGGAGUCGAUAUCCACACAGAUGUCUUUGAUGUAACAGAUAACAUCCAAGCUGAUGAUGAGGAAACGCAGGAAACGAUGGAAACACCUGAUGAUGAGAGUCAUGUCAUUCAUGCAUCAAACAGUGGACAGAUAUCACGAGAUGAUACCAACAUUAAAACUACCUCAUUCUCUCCACAACAAGGUGCCAUAUCAACUUCAAAUUUAGCAGAAGCUACGAAGGAAAACAAAGAUAUUGUUGGCCCAAAUAAUCCAGGAAUUUCAGGAAAUUUGCAGAUUAAUGCAAAAAACAUUCCAGAAUACCCAGAUAAGAAAAUUACAAUGACUGACUUUGCAGGACAGUGUUCAUAUUAUGCCUCACACCAGAUUUUUCUGAGUCCUCGGGCGUUCUUCAUUCUAGUGCUGAAUAUGGAGAAGAAGUUUGAUGAUCAAGUCGGGGAAGAGGUGUGCUGUCAGGAAGGCUCCAUUUAUGAAAGAUGGACACACAGAGAUUAUCUUGAAUUCUGGUUGAAAUCCAUUCACCAAUACAGCAAUGAUAAGGCCCCUGUUCUGCUCAUUGGUACACAUAGUGAGAAAAAAACGGAAAAGGAGAUUAUGUCUUUUUUCCAUGAAAUAUGGGCUACUCUUGAAAUGAAGGACAAGACCUUGCACAGACAUCUCCAUGAGGAUAGACAGUUUGCAGUUGGAUUCCAUGACAAUGAAAGCAUUGAGAAUAUUAAGCUCUCUAUCGUUAAAGUUGUGCAAAAUCUAAAUCACUGGGGAGAAAAACUUCCACUCUCAUGGGUCAUGUUUGAAAAAUUCUUCCAGGAAAAGAAAUCCCAGAGGAUAAUGAAAAAAGAAAUGCUGCUGGCUUUCAAUGAUGCCUUGCCAACAGGUAUAAAGCUCGAAACGGUUAAUGACAUUAAUAUUAUGCUGCAGUUUUUCCAUGACAUCAGAGAAAUUUUAUACUUCAACCAAGAACGACUUGAUGUUGUAAUCAUUCUUGAUGUGCAGUGGUUUGCUAAUUCAUUUAAAAAUGUAAUAACAGAUAGAAAUCAUGCAGAAAAGGAUUUAUGUAGGUUUGCAUCAGACUGGAAAAAAUUUGAUCAAACUGGAGAAUUAAAUGACACUUUGCUUACAGCUAUCUGGGAAAUGAAGGGAAUAGCUUUCAGUGAACACAAAACAAAUGUCAUGCUAUACAUGGAGAAGCUAGGAUUAUUAGCAAAAUUGGAUGACAAAAAAUGGUAUGUUCCCUGUAUGAACAAAAUGCCAUGUCCUGACAAUCUCUUUUCUUCAUGCCCUACCUCAUCCAUUUUCUGCUACGUGUUUGAUGUUCUUCCUGUUGGCAUUUUUCAUCGACUUGUAGCUACAUGCUUGCAAAUUCCCUGGGAAAUUGUUACAGAGAGAGGGAGACUAUGUAUAUACCAGACAGCAGCUGUUUUCUUGUUUAAGGGUCAAAACAUAUUGCUUGGAAUGACUCCCAGGGAAAUUCAGUUACAGGUGUUUGUUAUUGAAGGGAGAGUUGAGAUGUCAAAAUGCCAGGAAAUUAAGGCAGAAAUUGACCGUAUGCUUAAUGUUCUUUCCAGAACUUUCCAAACUGACUUUCGAUUUACGUUUGGGUUUAAAUGCAAAGCUUCGGGAUUCUGUGAUAGCCAAGAAAGUUCUGUGAUCAACGAAUCAGAAUUUACAAAGGCAAUUUUUCAGUGUCCUUCCUGUCCAAUAGGGAGAAAGCACAUAAUCAACUCAAAGAAUAUCACGAAAUAUUGGGUACAGGUAUAUCAUGAUGAAGUUGAGCCCUCGGAAGUUAAAGGUAUACCUAAUAGUUCACCGUUAGAGAGUGUUGGACCAAGUGAAUCACAUCCAAAAGAUAAUUUAGCCAAGAUAGUAAAGUUAUUGCAAGUUGGAACUGAUGCAGUAAGAAUCUGCUUCGAUAAAUUCCUCCCUAAAGAGGAGUUAGAGAAGACUCUGAAAGCCAAUGAAACAGACAUGAGAAGAGGACAGUUCCGAUUCCAACAACCUCAACUAGAGAUUCUCUUCCCUCCUCAAGGUGGAUCCAACACUUGUGUAUCAUCUUUAUCUAUGGACGUUUCCAUCAUGUAUAAACUGUUGAGGAAUUACUCUGACAUUGCUUCACCUGGGAAUGGAUGGGGAAAAGAACCUAGAAUAAUGGAUAUCACAGAGAGUGACGACAUAGAAAGAAUCCGUUUAUAUAGAAAUAAAUACAGCCAUGAUCCAGGAAGUAGCCCAGUAAUGAGUGAUAGUGUCUUUAACAUAAUCUGGGAUGAUCUUUCUAAGGCCAUUCUAAGACUUAGUGGUGAUGUUUUGAAGAGAAGGAUUAGUGAAAUAUAACUGAGUGGAUAAUAAAAAUUCACAAUAUGAACGUGACAACAACAAACAUUUCUAUGAGAAAAAAAGAUUGUCUUCAUGCUGAUAUUCAUUUACAUUUAUUGUAAGCAAAAUGUGCAAUAUUUUAUAGAGGUGAUUUUGGUGGACAAACAAGAUAUUGAUUUUACAAUAACAACAUAAUGUGUAUACCCUUUAUAACUAUAAAAUGAUAUUUUACAUUUUACUCAUCCCUGGAUUUUAUUAUCUAUAUAUCUAUAUAUUGUAAUAAAUUGUGCUUUUGCUCGGUCACAAAUUAUCAUUUAUCAUUAUCGAUAAAUGAU